AUGACAAUAAAAUAUCAUAGUAUGUUUAUGGUUUCUUCCAAUGAGAAGAUGCCUCCUUUGUCAAGAAAGAGACCGUCUAGAAAUGAUGCUAACCGUAUGCUAAGAAAUCUGGUGAAAGCGUUAUCAAGUUCAGAGCAAACCUCGACUUUCGAUGGUAAAGGGGAACCGUCGGAGCUUGAACUCUGGUUAAGAGAAUUUGACAAACUUUUUGAUGUAGUAGAAUGUCCAGAAUUGAAAGUCAAUCAGGCUGCAUUCUAUUUGGUUGGAGAAGCCGACUACUGGUGGGCAAACAGUAGAUCGGGGUUGUUGGAGCAGGCUGAGGGGGAUUUUGGUUGGGAAUUGUUUAAAAGGGCCAUGCGAGAGAAAUUCUAUCCGCUGCACGUAAGGAAAGAUAAGUCGAACGAUUUUGCGCGGUUAGAGAUGGGUGGUAUGACUGUUGAUGAGUAUUACCACAAAUUUAUGGAGUACCUCAAGUACUGUCCUGAUGAUGUUCCCACUGAAGAGAAGAAAAUGCAGCGAUUUGAGCUGGGAUUGUCGUACAUUCAAAAACAUAUCGAAAGUGAUCGUUAUAACAACUUGGAACAGAUGUACAAGCGAGCGUCUCAAAUAGGAAAUAUUUUGAGGAAGGAAAAGGAAAGAGAGAAAGGUAAUAUCACCGAGAAGAGAAAAGAAGGUGUUGGUCAGGCAUCAAGGACUCCAGCAGGUUUUUAUCAAAAGAAAGCCAGAAAUUUCGGCAGUUUUCAAGAAGGUGGGUCUGGGGCAAAUGUGGGCUUUAGGGGAGAAGUUAAGCCUGCGAAGCCAUUACUGGAUCGAGAUGGCAAUGAGAGGAAUUAUUUCUGUAGGAGUUGCAAGAAAAACCAUCUGGGAAAAGAUUGUGACGAAAAUCUGGUUGAGUGUAAUUUUUGUCACAAAAGAGGCCAUAGAGAGUAUCAAUGCUACAUAAAGAAAGGGGGUAGAAGUCAACAGCCGGGUGGGCAGCACCGGCAACAGAAUUUAAACAACACCGACUGUCAAGUUAACCGACAGUACGGGAAUGGAGAUGUGGCAAUACUGGUCAGAGGUUUCAGCUGCCUUUUAAUGGGGGACAAGGCCGGAUAG